CGAAAAUGAAAUUACAAAAUUACACAGACAUCGGAAACGCACAAACGACGUCGAAGGUUCGGUGACCGCCGGCGGAUCGCAGCCGGAUCCUCCCUCCUCUUCUUCUUCCUCUUGCGCAGUCUCGCGACGGCCGAAAACCCCCAAGGCGAACCAGGGGAGGAGAGACGAUUCGAGCCUCUCGAGCUCCGAAGAGACCUCGCCGCACUUCGCCGUCGCCGAUCGCGUCCCCGAAGAGCCUCCGAUGAAGCCGCCCCUCCUCCUGCUGCUGCUCCUCCUGUCCGCCCUCGCCGGCGCCGCGUCGCCGGCGAGGCCCGAUUCCGACCCCGGCGGCUUCGCCGAGUGGAGGCUCGUCACCAAGCAGAACUUCUCUUCUCAGAUCAGGCACCACCCUCACGUCCUCCUCCUCGUCACUCUUCCAUGGUCUGGUGAGUCUCGAUCCCUCAUGAAAGAGAUUGCUCAUUCGCUCCAUAAAAGGAAAGAAGAAUUUGGCUCUUUGAGGCUGAUGUUUAUGUACAAAAAUGUGGAAAAGAUGCUGGCGGAUGCUAUAGGUGCUUCCCAGGAAACCACCAUUCUGUAUUAUCACCAUUCUACAUCUUAUAAGUAUCAUGGAAGACUUCGGGCACAGAAUAUAUUGUGGUCACUUCGUCCUUAUUUGACAGUUCCUCCUGAAAAUCUUCCCCUCGAACUUAUCAAUCUCGAACAAGACUUGAAAAGCUUCCUUGAUUCGACAGACAGAGCUUUACUUCUUUUGGAAUUUUGUGGAUGGGCUCCAGAAUUGCUGAUUAGGGAGAGGAAGAAUGGUACUGAACAUGGUUAUGUCUCACAGGGGGAUAUUGUUGAAGCCAAUUACCAUGAAAAGACAGACAGUAUGUCGACAUUUAUUGCAAGCAAGAAGCAGAAGAGUUUGGAAAAUGGUGUCGCACAAUGUGGAGUCCAAAAUGCAUUCUAUGGGAUCCCUUCUUUUGGGGAAUCAAGCUUGGUCAAUGAUAGUUCUACCACAGACAGCACUGAGGACGAGAGGCACGGGCUUGGAGUCUCAUGUAAUUUUGGAGAGUUUCAACAGUUUGAAUCGUUCUUCUCCAAGUUUACGAUGGCUGCAAGAGAGUUUUUUCUGCCACCUGAGAGGCAUAGAUUUGGUCUGAUUACAAAUAGAUCAUUACUUUUGUCAUUGGGGGUUGGAGAAAUUAAUUCAUGGUCAGCAAUGAUACAUUAUGCUGGAUGUCCCAGUUGCUCAAAGUAUCUCAAGAAAGAGGAGGACUUAGAGAGGUUUCUGCAGAUGGAAGAUCCGGCAGUUGCAGAAUUGGAAGAUAAUGAGCCUAACUUAGGGCCUGCUUUACCAGCAAAUAAGCCAUCGAUACUUCUUUUUGUGGAUAGGUCAUCGGACUCAUCAGAAACUAGAAUUAAGAGUAAGGAAGCUCUUGAUGCUUUUAGAGAACUGGCGCUGCAGUACCAUAUUCCCGUUCAUAUGCGUGAAAAGAAUAAAGAAGAGCUGGGAAAAUUUUCAGCCCAUUCACAUCUGUCAUCAAGAAGCAUGCCUAGGCACCCUAAAGCACCAGGAAGUACAUCUAGGCAUCCUAAGUUAAAACUAUACCAAUCAGCUCAGAGUGUAAAAUUAGGGGAUAAGGUGUCUAUCAUGAUAGUGAAUGAGGAAAAGCAUGUAACUUUGGAUAAGAUCUCUACUGAUGUGCAAGCAAGUUCUUUGCAUGAGGUUUUGGAAAAUCUUCUUCAGAAAAACAAGGCAGCCAAGUUGAGCUCACUUGCCAAGAAGGCAGGCUUCCAACUUCUGUCUGAUGAUUUUGAGAUUAAAAUAGCAAAUCCAUUGUCGCCUCAGACAGAAAUUCAGCCUAACCAGGCUACAGUCGAACUUUCCAAGGAAGACCUUGUAAAUCAGAUUGAUCGGGACCAGGAGAAAGUAAUGGAUAUUGUGAGCACAUCAGCUGCAGGACUUGGAGAAAAUAUGAAUCCCACUGGUUCAGGACUUUUACGUCACGAUGAAGAGAAGAUAGACACUGCUAAUUUGAGCGAUGACUUAACAUCUGCAGAAAGUGAGCAAUUUUUUACCAAUACUGAACUUGAUAAUUUUGAAGAUGCCGGGGUGGAUGAAAUACAUUUGUCAAAGGUGGAUAAAUUAAGGGAACAGCUGCAGUCACGAGGCUUGGAAGGUUCAUUUUACUUUUUGGAUGGUAAUUACCAGCUGCUGAAGGCCUUGACUGGAGGGUUGAAGGUUCCAUCCUUGGUAAUAAUUGAUCCCGUUAUGCAAUGCCACUAUCUGUUCCCAGAUCAGACACAUUUUAGCUACACUUCACUGGCUAACUUCGUGAAUGGGUAUUUGAAUGGAAGUCUUCUCCCAUAUCAGCACUCUGAGUCUCUGAUACCAAUGCUUCGGGAUGCUGCUCGCCCCCCAUUCGUAAAUUUGGAUUUUCAUGAGGCUGAUUCUAUACCACGGAUAGCAGCUAAAACUUUUAGUGAGCUGGUUUUUGGAUUUAAUCACUCUGAGAUUGGUAAUGUUGCACCUGCUAGGCGGAAGGAUAUGUUGGUCCUGUUUAGCAAUAGCUGGUGUGGACUUUGCCAGAGAAUGGAACUAGUUGUUCGUGAAGUACAUCGAGCUUUGAGGGGUUAUAUGAACAUGUUGUCUCAUAAAUUUCAAAAUGCUCAAACACAGUUCAGCAGUGAUUUAGGAAGUUCUUCAUAUAUGGAAGACAACAUGGAGGAUAUGGCUCAAAAGCUUCCUCUCGUUUUCUUGAUGGAUUGCACAAUGACUGACUGCAGUCUGAUUUUCAAAGCAAUAAACCAGAGAGAACGUUACCCAGCUUUGAUGUUGUUUCCGGCAGAAAAUAGAACUCCUGUGUCUUAUGAUGGGGAUAUGGCGGUUGCAUCUAUUGUCAAAUUCUUAGCUGACCAUGGAAGUUAUUCUCAUAACCUCAUCAACGAGAAGGGAAUCCUUUGGACUCCUGCAAAAUAUGGCAUGGGUCAAAAUUCUUUCAGCACAUCACCAAAGGACCAGUUACAAGACUUUUUGCUUCAAAACACGGCAGCAGACAGAACAGUCAAGUACAGUCGGACCAAAAUGCCUAAAUCGAAUGGCCUAGAUGGAGCAGCUUCCCAUGUGGUGGCGGGUUCCAUCCUUGUCGCCACUGAGAAACUUCUUGGCAUGCACCCAUUUGAUAACUCCCAGAUUCUUAUUGUGAAAGCGGAUAAAGCCUCUGGGUUUCAAGGUCUGAUCAUCAACAAGCCUAUUAGUUGGGAUCUUCUGCAUGAACUGGAAGAAGGGUCUGAAUUUCUUAAGGAGGCACCUCUUUCACUGGGUGGGCCCCUUGUGAAUCGUAGACUGCCUUUAGCCUGUUUAACUCGAGUUGAUAAGAACCAGUACCUGGAAAUCCUACCUGGGAUACGCUUCAUUGACCAGCUGGAGACGAUUAGAGAGAUCGAUGAACUCAGGGCAGGAAAUGGAUCCGUCGCUGAUUAUUGGUUUUUCUUGGGGUAUGCAAGCUGGGGUUGGGACCAGCUAUUCGAUGAGAUUGAUAAAGGAGCUUGGAACAUCAAAGAGGACGCACUGAAGGAAUUUACUUGGCCGAGACCAUGAUCUUUCGCUUUGUUGUACCAUCCAGUUUCUGUCGGGAUAUCUUUGGAAAGCUCAUUAUAGGAAUUUUGAAAGAGCGUCUGAAAGAUGGGUGCGUCUUUUCCUAGUUGUAUUUGAUUAUACGUCCCCAGAGAGACGUUGAGAUCACAUUCGGGCAUACCUUUCGGAUGUUUAGUUUUAUUGAAAUUGUCGGUUUACAUGUAGAUAUAGCAUUAUGCUAGUUUUGAGGUA